AUGGAUGCAAGCGCGGAGUCGCAAUCUGGUUCCAACAAUGCUGAAGAACAGAGCCACUGUGCGACACCGCCCAAGGAGCACUUGAGCUAUCAGGCCAUGCUGCCCGUUAUUUCAGACGAGCUUGACGUUUUUGAUGGCGUCCCGAGUCUACCGUUCUCGGGUGGCCCAUCUACUUCAACAUACAGAGACCUACAGGCAUCGUCAUCCCAUUUCCUUCACACCAUGCCCCCAAGCGUCCUAUACCACGGUCAGUUCCAGCGGCUGGAACCUAUAUUCGAACGAUACAAUAACGAGUUCUGUGUCAUCCCAUUGACGUUGGACUUGCCCUUGAAUCCGUUCCGCUACCGCACGGCGGCUGUGCAAAGGUCUGGAUACUUGCUGCAUGCCGUGCUAGCCUUGUCGUGUCAUCAUAUCGACAAUUCGUCUUCGAGUGGCAACGGAGAUCAGCUUUCGGAAACAGUCCUUGAUCACGGUCGAAUCGCGCUCCAAUUGUUCCGUCGGGCUCUCAACAGUGACAGCGUCGCCCCGAUGAGCUCUUCCUUGCUCGACACCAUUGUGAUCUUGUUCUCGCUGGAUGAAGCCUAUUCCCUCCUCGGAAGCUGGACGGCGCACCUGACUGGCGCAUACAGCAUUCUGGAAAUCGGUGGCGGCACAGUAGCGUGGACUAAGAAUCCUAGAACUGUGGUUCAGGUGGCACUCCUCACGUGGUGGGAUGCCGUGAUAAGCUUGGUCAACAGAACGCCAUGUGUCUUUCCGUACGAAUAUUUCGAGUCAGUUCUGGCUUGCUGUGACGAUCGAAGCUGGACGUUUUUCGGAUUGUGCGGCUGUCCACAAAGCCUCGUGGUCUCGCUAAUCCAAUUAGCACACGUGGCAGCAGAAAAGCAGAAAUCUGCGUCGAUGCGCUGGGUUGUGUUCGACAGCAGCCUCGUCUCAGAGAUCGAGCAGUCGCUCGAAGCUUGGAGUCAUACGCCGUCCGACACAGCGUUUGACAAUGAAGAGAGUAUGCAUCAAGACAUGGAUUGCAUGCAUUGUUCCGAAGCAUGGCGGAAUGGUCUUCUCCUCUACAUCUACCGUGUCUUUCGGUGGGAACCGGGCGACACACCUCCUAUGCGGGUAAUCAACCGCGCCAGAGUCAUCAUGGAUCACGCCUGUGCAUGCCGCGACGACCAAUUUGUUGCCAGACAGGCUCUACUGCCCCUUUUCUUUGCAGGUUGCGAAUUGACAGAUCUCUCCGCCCAGAAUAAGAUCAGAGUGCUAUGCUCUUUGUGGAAUGAACGGACUCGAUACUACAUGUUUGGCGCCAUGAUUCCACUGCUCGAAGAAGUCUGGACAGCCCAAAAGGACCACGGCCCCGAAUAUGUGUGGUGGGGCCAAAUAGUGGACAAGAAGGGCUCAACCGAGUCGCGGCACUCGCUCCAGAUGCGGAUUUGCUUUGGCUAA